CUUCCUACACUUCUCCUACUCCUCCAGCUACUGCUAUUUCACACCGAAUAAUACUAACUAAUAAUACUUACUGAAUAAUACUAACUACAACUCGCUCUCACUCUUCUCUCCACAAACGCCAACAACACCCACAGUGGGGCUCGAGAUCUGAAACGUUUUUAUGGGACAGCGAUACGUUGAACGAACCAAUCACGUGAUCUGCACAAACCGAGGCCUCGUUUGUCAUCGGUCACGUGACUUUUUCAGAAGCGACCCAAGCCUCGAAGCGAAGCUUCAUCUGACUCGCCCACUUUUACUCGAGACACGCCUCGAUGCCUCGGUUCAUUUGUCCCAUCACUAUUUAUUUGUGUCAUGUCGACUGGUUUUGCCUUAAAAUGGCUGUAAAUGUGGGCUAUUUACUCGUAUCGAUGCUGCUGAUCGGCACCUGCGGAGCCAAAUAUGAACCCAACUGGAAGUCCAUCGACUCCAGACCGCUGCCCCAGUGGUACGACCAGGCCAAGUUCGGCAUCUUCAUACACUGGGGGGUGUUUUCUGUGCCCAGCUUCGGCAGCGAGUGGUUCUGGUGGUACUGGCAGAAGCAGAAAUUAAAGCCGUAUGUUGACUUCAUGCAGAAGAAUUAUCCUCCAGACUUCAAGUAUCAAGACUUUGCACCGCAAUUCACCGCUGAGUUCUUCGACGCCAAAGAAUGGACGGACAUCUUUGUCUCAUCGGGAGCGAAGUACAUCGUCCUGACUACAAAACACCACGAAGGUUUCACACUUUGGGGCUCAAAAAACUCGUGGAACUGGAACGCCGUAGACGUUGGACCAAAGAGAGACCUUGUGGGCGAGGUGGUGAACGCUCUACGCAGUAACAGCGACCUGCGUUUAGGACUUUACCACUCUCUGUUUGAAUGGUUUAACCCACUAUUUGAGCAGGACGCUGCCAAUGUUUUUACUACAAACUACUUCCCCACCACUAAAACUCUGCCUGAGCUUUAUGAGCUCGUUGUCAAGUACAAACCGGAAGUGCUUUGGUCCGAUGGGAGCGGAAACGCUCCUGACAAGUACUGGAACAGCACGGGUUUCUUGGCCUGGCUCUAUAAUGACAGUCCAGUGCGAGACACUGUGGUGACAAAUGAUCGGUGGGGUUUGGGCUCCACCUGCACCCACGGCGGUUAUUACACUUGUGCCGAUCGCUACCAGCCAGGACACCUGCUCCAACACAAAUGGGAAAACUGCAUGACCAUCGACACCAAGUCCUGGGGUUACAGAAGAAACGCUCCUCUCAGCGACUACCUCGGCAUCGAGCAGCUGGUGGCGACACUAGUAGAAACUGUGUCCUGCGGAGGAAACCUGCUGAUGAACGUCGGGCCGACACAUGACGGAAGAAUCGCUCCGAUCUUUGAGGAGCGUCUGAGGCAGAUGGGUCGGUGGCUGAAAGUGAACGGGGAGGCGAUUUACAACACAACAGCGUGGCGAGCUCAGAACGACAGCGUCACUCCACACAUCUGGUACACCUCCAGACCUCAGGAAAAGUCCAUCUUUGCCAUUUUACUCGAAUGGCCGAAUACCGGAGCAGUGAUUCUGAGUGAACCAGUGGCUACACAAGGACAAACUCAGGUAGAGCUUCUCGGUCACGGGUCUCUGCAGUGGGAGCCUGUAAAGCCCAGCGGACUGCAGGUUCUGCUGCCCCAGCUGUCCUUCAGCCAGAUGCCAUGCCAGUGGGCCUGGACGCUGAGGCUGACAGGUGCCACUUAAAGGAACCUAAAGAGGAACCGACAGAGCUGCAGGCCGACAGCGGGACCCGACUCUUAUAUGUUUAAAUCAACAAACACAACUGGUACUGUCAUGAAAUCGGUGAUAUUCUGAGAACAAAAAGGGCACACUUUACAGCAAUCUGUACUAUGAUGAAAAAAUGUCUUUUUUUUAAAUAAUGAUGCGGGGAAUCAAGAAUAAACAUUUUACAUGAUUAUGAUAAAGGUAAAACAUCUAUGAAAACCUGGCUGUGUGCCUUAAAUUAAUGACUAGAUGUGACAUUUAUGACCUUUGAUGUCAAAACAUCAAGGAAUAUGUUUGAGCUUUUGAUUUUUGGUGCAAAUUUCUGCACAUUUGCUCCUAUUUUUAUAGAUUCCAUGAUUGUUAAGAAGUCUGUCGCACUGAUGAGUGUAGCUUUAGGUGAAGGAAUGUUCAACCUUAUGAACCCCAGAACCCAUCAGGGGAUUUGAAAGGAAUGUUAUCUCCAAAAAAUAAAAAUAAAAAAUCAACAAAAUUACACAAUUUAUCAGAGCCAGAAACUGUAAAAACACACAAGCUGUUCCAUCUGGAAAAUUAACUAAAUCUAAGUUUACAAUUGUAAUAUUUGAUCAAAAUCAUUUUAUAGUACAUACUGAAUUUAAAAAUUCACAUGAAGAUAAACAGUUUGCAUCAGAUUCUACAAAUAAAAAAUAAACAAAGCAUGGCUCCAAAACCAUAUACAGACGGCCAAGCUGUCGGAAGAUACGUUCAACAUGGUUAAGAGUUGAUGUGCACAGUAACGUGCAAAAUGACUAAUUUAUUAAGGUUAGUAAUAAAAUAUCUCCGGUCAGUGGAGCUACUAUUUCUUCCUGUAUUGGUAACACUUUGGAGCUUAAAAUCAACAUGUUCUUUAUGUUGAUUUCUGUAUUCUUCCAUUUUUGCAAAGCAAAUAAUCAAAUAAAUGAAUCUUUAGCUUGUUCUUUUUGAAUAUAAUUUCUGGCAUUAUAACAUUCUCAUAUAUUUUUAGCUCCCUCUACUUCCACCCAUGGUUGUUCUGUUUCCAUACAGGUGCUUGAUUACAUAUUGCAGUGAAAAAUGAGCCAACAGUGAGGAAAACUAUUUGAGUUCAUGUUUUAUUUUUGCUUGCUUGUUUGUUUUGUAAUCGCCAAAAGUGACACCAUUAAAAAUAACGAGACACGGGAAAACAGCAAGAAUAGUUGGACUGGAUUUAAGGUUUAAAUAAAGUGUCUGUAGGAAGAAGAUAGUUUAAGACUUUUUGGCUGACCAGCAGGCAGUGUUACCUAUAUAGUGCUAUUUUUAUCUGUUGGUCUUUGUUUUUAUUAUGUGCCCUUGAGUUCCCUGAAAAGUGCUAUAGAAAUAUAAUGUAUUAUUAUUAUUAUUAUUAUUAUUAUUAUUAUUAUUAUUAUUCUGUGCCCACUUGGAAAAAUAUCGCACACUUAAACUCUGGGAUUUUUCUUUAUUUCUAACAUAAAUAAACUUCUUUUAAUGAUU